UUAGAUUAGGCGAGGAUAACCUUUAAUAUCCGCUGAAAUGUUGAACUUCUAAAUUCCCGAUGUCCCUGAAGGCAGCAUUUGGCUCUGUGCGUGUAGGCAGUUACAUCAAGUAUACUUUGCUUUAGAUGCUUCAGUUUAUCAUGUGUUUUCAUCAGCCUCGCAGUGAAAUAGCUGCUAGUUAGCGAUGUUAAGACUUUAAGAACAAGAGGAGGAGGUGACAAAACAACAGAAGAACCACCACCAACUUGCUGUCCAAUAAAACAAGCAGUUAGUUGUAGGCAGAAGCAGAUCCCGGAACUAGAGACGGUAGGAAACGAGCUAGUUUGCUCGCUUUUUGUUGACAGUUUUCUAGCUGUCAAACCAACCACCACGACCUCGUUCAAAGUCACUGUACUCAGCUAAAUAACUACUUAACCAGACGUUCAUUUAGUGGCUUUGCUAGACUUGUUUUUGGUAGAAGUUUCCGUCACUUUGAACCCACUUGAAGAUCUUGAGAGAUGGCAUCGAGAGGAGGAUUCACGACGAUGAAUCUGAACACCAUGAACGUUGGGCAUGCUGCGGGCAUGAGGUUGCCAGGUUUGCCCCAAACUCCGGCGGGAUACCCCCGAAGCAUGAGCAACGCUCCCCAGUACCCCCAGCGCCCAGGGAUGCCAUCCAACAGAGUGGGGGGCCCCAUGGGGUCAAUGGGGGGCCAGCUGCCUGGUCCUUCUUAUGGCGGUGGGAACAUGUCCAUGCGGCAAGGCAUGGGUCCUCCAAGCAUGGACGCGUCGAGGAAACGCUUCCUUCAUCUGCAUCAACAGCAGCAGCAAGAGGCGCUGGGAGGCCUAAGACGAGGAGCAAAAAGACGCAAGAUGGCCGACAAGGUUCUCCCACAGAGGAUCCGAGACCUGGUCCCAGAGUCCCAGGCCUACAUGGAUCUCUUGGCGUUUGAGAGGAAACUGGAUCAGACCAUCGCCCGGAAGCGCAUGGAGAUUCAGGAGGCCAUCAAGAAGCCCAUUAUGCAAAAACGCAAGCUCAGGAUCUACAUCUCUAACACGUACACCCCCGGCAAGCCGGAGGGUGAGGACGCAGAGAAGGUGUCCUCCUGGGAGCUGAGAGUGGAGGGAAAACUUCUGGAGGAACCUGGCAAGCAGAAGAGGAAGUUCUCAUCUUUCUUCAAAAGCCUGGUGAUUGAGCUUGAUAAGGAGCUCUAUGGACCUGACAACCACUUAGUAGAGUGGCACAGAAUGCCCACCACUCAGGAGACGGAUGGUUUCCAGGUCAAAAGGCCCGGCGACGUGAAUGUUAAAUGCACCCUCCUGCUCAUGCUCGACCACCAGCCCCCUCAGUACAAACUGGAUCCCCGGCUGGCUCGCCUGCUGGGUGUGCACACACAGACGCGGGCCAGCAUCAUGCAAGCCCUUUGGCUCUACAUCAAGAACAACAAGCUGCAGGAUUGUCACGAGAAGGAGUACAUCAACUGCAACCGCUAUUUCAGACAGAUCUUCGGCUGUCCACGCAUGAGGUUCUCUGAGAUUCCCAUGAAACUGGCUGGCCUGCUGCAGCACCCUGAUCCCAUCAUUAUCAAUCACAUGAUUAGUGUGGACCCAAACGAUCAGAAGAAGACGGCGUGCUAUGACAUUGAUGUGGAGGUGGACGACCCACUGAAGGGCCAGAUGAACAGUUUCCUGUCCUCUACAACCAACCAGCAGGAAAUUGCUGCGCUGGAGAUGAAGAUUCAUGAGACGAUUGAGUACAUCAACCAGCUGAAGACCGAGAGAGACUUUAUGCUGAGCUUCAGCAACAAACCACAGGACUUCAUCCAAGACUGGCUCAAGUCUCAGUGCAGAGAUCUGAAGUUGAUGACGGAUGUGACAGGAAACCCCGAGGAGGAGAGGAGGACUGAGUUCUACGAGGCGCCCUGGGUACCAGAGGCAGUGGGCAGAUACGUUUACUCCAGAUUGCAGCAGAGAAGACAAGAGCUGGAGCAGGUGCUGGGUAUCCGACUCACCUAAAGACACAUUCCAGAGAUGUUUAUUCAUCAAAUGUUAACGUCUACUCAAUCGAAAUUGGAUUUGCUUGGAAAAGAAAUAAGCUAAUGUUGCAGCUUAAAAGCCAUCCUCACUGACAUGGUAUGAUAGACCAGCUUCUAAGUGGGAUGCAUAUAAUAUAAUAGUUUUAAAAUCAACAAAGUAUACGGGACCAAAGUGAUUAACAUAUCCCUGAUAAUACAGUAUGUUUGCCUUGCAUUGUCUGUCAUUUUGAGCCUGUUCAAAUAAUCGUUCGCCUUGUUUUGCAGUAUGUUUCGUUUAUGGUACAAUAUCAUUUUAAGCAUUGGUGCUGUCUAGGUGUUUUUCACCAUCAUAUUGUUUGCUAUUUUGAAAAGGGUGUCUGUUUACCUUCCCAUUUGAAGCCAUAACCUUUACAAAGGAACAAUACCUGAUUGUAGAAUUAAGCUUUUCAUUCAAAAUAUAUAUCCAUACUUAUAACAUUUUACAACAGAAAUAUAUAUAUUUUAGUUCAAAAAAUACAUUUAGAUAAUAUGGUUUAUAUUCGUUAAAAACAUAGGAAUUCUUCAGAUGUCUCAUGAGUUGGACAGGAACUGAUAUGCCAACAAUAAUUGCUUGUAUGGGUGGAUAUAUCAUUUGAAAUGAAACAUUUCUUUGCUGUGCAAGAAAGCUUGAUUGAGCUCCUUAUUUGAGUCCACUGUCCAGCUGUAAAUCAGCAGCAGUUUGUUUCCACUUCUGGGAUGUUUACAUGCUGUUUUCAUUUGUUAUUGGGGUUGUCGGGGUUAUUGUAAUGCCAGGAAGAGGAACUGUGGCAGGCUGUUUGGAUCGAAGGGUUCUUCCUGGAAGAUCCAUACCUCCCAAGAAGGUUAACUGGUAUUAAUAAUAUAGGAAUGCAGUUGUAGUGUGUCAACUAAACAAUGCACCAAAUUGUUGUGUACAGUUUACAGUUCUAUGAGUUAACUUUUCAUUGAAAUGCUAUUUUGUUAAGAUUUUGUAUGAGAGGGUUUCCUGAAUUUAUUUUAAACAUUCCAUGUUAACAGAUAUCACUGUGCCAAAAUUUGUAUUUGGAAAAAGGCACUUAGAAUUUGAGAAAUGUUGUGUACAAAAUAUAUUUGUUUUGUACAGCUUCUUUGUAAAAUGUUUGCAUGUUGCAUGUCAAUCAAAAGCCUUUAUCUUUUAUACAUUUGGAGUAUUUUACAAUUUUACAAUAAAUAUACUUGUUUGUUAUUUCA